AUGCAUGAUAUGCUGCUCUGUGGCGCUAUUAUGGUAAAAUAUGAACAAGAACCACUUCACUCACAAACAUUCUCUCCUGUGCUAUUAUUUGCAGAUAUUGAGAACCCCAAAGCAGCAGCAGCGGAAGUCAUGAGCACUGAGAAACUCCUCGCUGGUGCGGCAUUCACGGAUGUGGAGAAACGCGAUGUUCAUCUGUAUGUGGAGUUACAAU